UAACCACCACAUUGUCUCCGGGCUCAAGUCAUGCCAGGAAGUGCAAUGAAACUGAGAAGACAUACUGCAUCAACGGUGGAGACUGUUAUUUCAUACAUGGUAUAAAUCAGCUGUCCUGCAAGUGUCCAAAUGACUAUACCGGCGAACGCUGUCAAACCUCCGUUAUGGCCGGUUUCUACAAGCAUCUUGGAAUUGAAAUCAUGGAGGCUGAGGAGCUGUACCAAAAACGAGUGCUGACGAUAACUGGCAUCUGCGUGGCUCUGCUGGUGGUUGGCAUCGUGUGCGUGGUGGCAUACUGCAAAACCAAGAAACAAAGAAAGAAGAUGCAUAACCAUCUGCACCAGAACAUGUGUGCGGAGCAUCCAAACCGCAUGCUGGCCAACGGACCCAACCAUCCUGGCCCCGGGCCUGAGGAGAUCCCCAUGGUGGAUUAUAUAUCUAAGAAUGUCCCGGCAACUGAACGAGUAGUACGACAUGGAACUGAAACUUCAGGCAAUUUCUCGGGCAGCCGAAUGUCGUCACGGUCCCACCACACCUCCACAGCGUCUCACACUUCCAGCCACCGGCACGAGGAGCGCACAUGGAGUAUGGAGCGGACGGACAGCAUUCAUUCAGAUUGCCAGUCGGGGGCGCUCUCCUCCUCCGUCGGCACCAGUAAAUGCAGUAGCCCGGCGUGUAUGGAGGCACGUGCCCGCCGUGCCGCCUACUGUGGUUAUCCUGAUGCCACACAGUGCUCUCUGCAGUAUGGAGACUCGUAUGACUCCCUGCGGGACUCGCCUCACAGCGACAGGUACGUGUCUGCUCUGACCACGCCUGCUCGUCUCUCACCGGUGGACUUUCACUCCUCACUGCCCCCGCAGGUGCCUACCUUUCAGAUCACCACACCCAACGCCAGCCACGCCCUGUCCCUGCCGCCCGCCGCCUCGGCCAUUGCAAUGGCGGCUUACUCGCCCGACGAUGACCAGCCCCUGCUGUACCGCUACCGCCGCUCCCGGCGGCCAUAUUAUGCGGCAGAGAGCACAGGCUCCCUUCCGUCCAGCCCGUACCGUUUCGUGGACGAUGAGGAUUACGAGACCACACAGGAAUACAUGUCCUCCCGAGAGCAGCCAAAAAAAAGCAGCGGCAGCCGGCGUUGGCGCAGGAGAUCGCGGAUCAACGGGCACACUCCAGGCCCUAGGAACUACAGCUCUCAAAGCUGCCUGUCAGACAGCGAGUGGGAGGACGAGGAGGUCGGUGACCUCGGCCACGGCGAGAGCACGCCAUUUCUCAGUAUGCAGAACAUGAACGCCACCGAACCGGCCACCAUCUACCGACCCAACGACACGCGGACUUUCAGCAACACGGGACGCUCGGGCUCCCGACCUAACGUGCAGGCCAACAAACUGACACAGUCGCGGUUCAGACCGGACAAUGCACCCCUUUAAAAAAAGAUCAACGAGAGACGGACGGACUU